AUGUCGAUUUUCACCCACUUGAAACAUUUGUCCGUCAAAGACUUUGACCGCACGGGGAAAAUCCUGCACUCCCCUAUUCUAUGCGUGUCGGUGAAUGCCGUCGGGUCCCGCGUAAUUAACACCAGGCUUGACCGGUCCAUUCGGAUUUGGAAGUUUUCUUCCAUGGCUCUCACAGAUCCGGUAAUAAUCGACAAUGCCCACUCAAAUCCUGUGCAAAGCAUUGCAUGGCUUCCGACUACAGAGACUACUUUUGCGUCUGCUGGCGGCGAUCUGGUAGUGAAAAUCUGGCGAGGCAAUGGGUCUUUAGAGAGAGACGUUUCUGUAGGCGGCCCUGGGUUGGGUCUCAAAUUUACCAUCGUGCUGUUCCUGCCGGACGGGACUUUAAUGCUUUCUGCGACAACAAAUGGCCUAAUUUACGUGUACGACGUCUUGGACAACUAUUCAGAAAUUACGCACAUCAGCAUCACAACUCACAGUGGCGACAUUGUCAAUAUUCAGUGGACCAACCGCGGCCAUGCGUGUUUUUUUGUGGGGCUUUCGACAGGACCCAUCCUUAUUUAUACAUACGACCAGGGCCGUCUUUCUAAGCUUCAUUCUCUUGUGGGAUGUCGUUCAGUCACGUGUAUCCUAGUAGAUCCACAGGGCAGAUACAUAGCGGCAGGCUCUAAAGAGGGAGUGGUAACUUUUUGGAGCACAGCAGAUAUGGUUCAUUCCCGAGCAUUGACCAGCAUUGACCAAGAAAUCUCUUCUCUUUCUGCCAACAAGGACGGAACCUUUAUAUUUGUGGGAUAUGGGGCCGGCAGCAACUGCCGUAUUUUCGACACCGAUUCUUUAACCGAAUGCUGUGAGAUCCCAACCUCCGCGGCGGGCGCAGAAUCCAAGCUGGCAGUGGCGUGGCUUGCUUCCAGAAAUGUACUUUUGUACUCUCAAGAUCUGGGCCGAGCUUUGGGAUAUGCAAGAAAAGAAGAUAGAAUCGAAGACGACCCACAAAGAAAAAUUUCUCAUGGUUAUCUGAAGUAUGGGCCAAGGUUGGCUUUGCGGAAUUGA